ACUCUCCCUCGUCAGGGCUCAAACGUACACCAAUAGUACGUAAAACACCCUCAACUCUCAGUUCUCUCUCUCUCUCUCUCUCUCUCUAAAUUACUACAUCAUACUCUGAUCUAAUGGCGUCUCCUCCAGACACCAGCAAGACCUCAAAGCUCGAACGCUACAACAGCUACAUGAGAAGAGUAAACAGCACAAAGCUCUUAGCAGCUUCCUCUAAACUCCUCUUCCGAGUCACUCUCUUAGUAGCUCUCGUCCUCAUCUUCUUCUUCACCUUGAAUUACCCUCCCCUUUCCGAUCACAAUCACCACAUCCACACCACCCACACCUUCCCCUCCUCCACCUUCUACGGCGGCGGCCCCUCCUGGGAAAAGCAAGUCCGCCACUCCGCCACCCCCCGCCGCCCCCACGGCUUCUCCGUUCUAGUCACCGGCGCCGCCGGUUUCGUCGGUACCCACUGCUCUCUCGCGUUGAAAAAACGCGGCGAUGGAGUUCUCGGCCUCGAUAAUUUCAAUUCGUAUUACGACCCGUCUCUGAAACGAGCGAGACAACAGCUUUUAACGAAGCACGAGAUCUUCAUCGUUGAAGGAGAUCUAAACGAUGCCGAAUUGCUUUCCAAGCUCUUCGACAUUGUUCCACUUACUCACAUCCUUCAUCUCGCGGCUCAAGCCGGCGUGCGCUACGCCAUGCAGAAUCCCCAAUCCUAUGUCAGCUCCAACAUUGCCGGUUUCGUUAACCUCCUGGAAGUGGCUAAAGCCGCCGACCCUCAACCCUCGAUUGUCUGGGCUUCAUCAAGCUCUGUUUACGGACUCAACACUCAAAACCCGUUUUCCGAAUCUCACAGGACAGACCAGCCGGCUAGCCUGUACGCCGCCACGAAAAAAGCCGGCGAGGAAAUCGCUCACACCUACAACCACAUCUACGGGCUUUCAAUUACGGGGCUCCGAUUCUUCACCGUAUACGGACCCUGGGGAAGACCCGACAUGGCGUACUUUUUCUUCACCAAAGAUAUUCUCCAAGGAAAACCCAUUAACAUCUAUGAAGCUCACGAUCACGACGGCGCUGCGGUUGCGCGUGACUUCACGUACAUCGACGACGUCGUAAAAGGGUGUCUAGGAGCGAUCGACACCGCCAAAAAGAGCACCGGAAGCGGCGGAAAGAAGCGCUCGCCGGCGCAGCUGAGGAUCUACAACCUCGGCAAUACAUCGCCGGUGCCGGUGAAAAAUCUGGUGUCGAUUUUGGAAUCGCUGUUGAACGUGCAGGCCAAGAAACAUGUGAUCAAGAUGCCUAGAAACGGCGACGUUCCGUUCACACACGCUAACGUGAGCCUGGCGUACAGGGACUUCGCGUACAAGCCGACCACCGACUUGGCUACAGGGUUGAGAAAGUUCGUCAAGUGGUACGUUAGUUAUUAUGGGAUUGAGUCGAGGGUAAAAAAGGAAAUACACAGCUCCACCAAUAAUGAUAAAGCAUGAUCAUCACAUUAUGUCCAACACAUCAUCACAUGGGUAUUUUUAUUUUUUGUUUUAAGUUAUUGUUGUGGUGCUCCUGUGAUGUAUUGGAUCAAAAAAAUUUGAUGUUAAUGUUGUAAGAUAGAUAUACAGAUUUUUAUAUACACCAUAUAGAGGGAUUUGGGAAGAGUUGGAUAAGUGUAGAGAUCUCUGAGAUUGGGGGGAGGUGUAAUAAUGUACUUGUGAGGUGUAAGGAAGAAGGUUGAGUUUCUGCUCAAAACAAGGGGCAGAUCAACCGUUGGAUUUGUAAUCAUCAUUUGUGAUUGAAUUGAACAACAAUGAAUCACAUCCAGAUUCUGCUUAUCAUA